UUGAUGCAGCGAACGGUACUUUAACCUGUAGUCUACACAUCAGGAUGAUCAGCUGGUCAGCGCGCUGUGGAUCAAAUCUGUCACUAUGGUGACCGUCAGCGCAUAAAAGUCCAUUAUACCGGCGGCACUAUGUGAAUAUAGUGUAAAUUUUCUCUCAGCAUCUUGAAUAAGCAACUAAAGGAACAACUGUGGAGGAGAGGGAUUUUUUUUUGUUGGGGGGGGAAAGCUCUUUCUACCAUUUGGAACUUUUUUUGUUUGUUGGUGAAACGUGUUUUAGGCAUCAGUCCCAGUUGACUGAUAGUUUAAAGAACAAACUCAUUUACAACAAACUCGCCCCUCUUAUAGUCUCAACUGCGACAGUCAAUGAUGUUCAUCCGAAGCUUCGUUUUUGUAACUUUUUCUCAUUAUUUCGUACUUCUGUUGAUGUGUCAUCUCCCUCGGGCGUCCGCUCAGAAGUCCACCGGUCCACGGUGGCUGAUAGGAGACAGGGAGACCCACUGUGGGAUCAUCUGUUCCCGGACACAGGGCAAGCCGGUGUGUGGCUCUGAUGGGCGGAGCUACGAUACCGGCUGUGACCUGCAGAGGGCGCGCUGCAAGGACCGUUCUCUGACGCUGGCACACCGCGGACGAUGUCGAGGUAAAAACUCGGUGAGGAUUGACCAGCUUCCAGUAGUUCCUGCUCCAACAUCAGUCUCAGAGGGGAAGAACCUGGAACUGGAAGACGGAGGCCAGUCUAAGUGCAGGGUGGAGAGGAAUCAGGCUCUGGAGCAGGCUAAGAGACCUCAGGGGUCCAUCUUCAUCCCAGAAUGCAACGAGGACGGAACCUUCGCCCAGGUGCAGUGUCACACUCUGACAGGAUACUGCUGGUGUGUCACCACCGACGGCAAACCAGUCAGCGGUUCCUCCGUGCACAACAGGACCCCUGUGUGUUCAGGAAACUUCCAUGAAUUUAUGGGAACUCAUGCUGGGACAAGUGACAAGUUGUCAGGGUCAGUAACUGAUAAACCAUCUGGACCUCCUAGUUCCGGGAGAAAAGUCUCUUUCCGUUUCUUUCUCACUCUCAACCCAGAUGACGGCUCCAAACCCACGCCCACCAUGGAGACCCAAACACUACCAGAUGGGGAUGAGAUUACGGCUCCGACCUUGUGGAUCAAACAGCUGGUUAAUAAGGAGAGUAAACAGAACAGUUCCAGCACCAGGCGACCCGAGAAAGUUCCCUCUUGUGACCAGGAGAGGCAGAGUGCCCUGGACGAGGCCCGUCAGAACCCCCGUGAGGCCAUCUACAUCCCAGACUGUGGACCAGGGGGCCUCCACAAGCCUGUACAGUGCCACCAGUCCACUGGGUACUGUUGGUGUGUUCUGGUAGACACAGGGAGACCAAUACCAGGCACCUCUACCAGGUACCAGACCCCAGAGUGUGACAGCACGGCUCGUUCGAUGGUCUCCGACGUUGAAGAUCCUUUCCAGGGCCGAGACCUGUCAGGCUGUCCGAAGGGUAAAAAAGUGGAAUUCAUCACCAGCCUUUUAGACGCCCUCACCACAGACAUGGUCCAGGCCAUUAACUCACCAACCCCCUCUGGUGGUGGGAGGUUGAUGGAGCCGGACCCCAGCCACACUCUAGAGGAGAGGGUGGUCCACUGGUACUUUACCCAGCUGGACAACAACAGCAGCCAUGACAUCAACAAGAAGGAGCUGAAGCCCUUCAAGAGAUACGUCAAGAAGAAAGCCAAACCCAAGAAAUGUGCCAGGAAGUUCACUGACUACUGUGACCUGAACAAGGACAAAGCCAUCUCACUUCUGGAGCUGAAGGGUUGUCUUGGGGUCAGCAAGGAGGGUAGUUCUGUGAGCAGCAUCAACCAAGGGACAAGGCAAGGGAUUAAUUUGUUCAUAGGUCGUCUGGUGUGAGGAAGGAAGGCUCCAGAAGCUGAGAGGAGAGGAGAGCAGGGGGAAGGGUUAGAACAGAGGGAAGGGUUAGAACAGAGUUAGAACAGAGGGAAGGGUUAGAACAGAGUUAGAACAGAGGGAAGGGUUAGAACAGAGUUAGAACAGAGGGAAGGGUUAGAACAGAGUUAGAGCAGAGGGAAGGGUUAGAACAGGGUUAGAACAGAGGGAAGGGUUAGAACAGAGUUAGAACAGAGGGAAGGGUUAGAACAGAGUUAGAACAGAGGGAAGGAUUAGAACAGAGUUAGAACAGAGGGAAGGGUUAGAACAGAGUUAGAACAGAGGGAAGGGUUAGAACAGAGUUAGAACAGAGGGAAGGGUUAGAACAGAGGGAAGGGUUAGAACAGAGUUAGAACAGAGGGAAGGGUUAGAACAGAGUUAGAACAGAGGGAAGGGUUAGAACAGAGUUAGAACAGAGGGAAGGGUGAGAACAGAGUUAGAACAGAGGGAAGGAUUAGAACAGAGUUAGAACAGAGGGAAGGGUUAGAACAGAGUUAGAACAGAGGGAAGGGUUAGAACAGAGUUAGAACAGAGGGAAGGGUUAGAACAGAGUUAGAACAGAGGGAAGGGUUAGAACAGAGUUAGAACAGAGGGAAGGGUUAGAACAGAGUUAGAACAGAGGGAAGGGUGAGAACAGAGUUAGAACAGAGGGAAGGGUUAGAACAGAGUUAGAGCAGAGGGAAGGGUUAGAACAGAGGGAAGGAUUAGAACAGAGGGAAGGGUUAGAACAGAGUUAGAGCAGAGGGAAGGGUUAGAACAGAGGGAAGGGUUAGAACAGAGGGAAGGGUUAGAACAGAGUUAGAACAGAGGGAAGGGUGAGAACAGAGGGAAGGGUUAGAACAGAGGGAAGGGUUAGAACAGAGUUAGAACAGAGGGAAGGGUUACAACAGAGUUAGAACAGAGGGAAGGGUUAGAACAGAGGGAAGGCAUCUGUGCGCUUUCUGACUGACAGUAAAGAGAAAGAUGGAGCAGACAGAUGGAGCAGACAGAUGGAGCAGAAAGAUGGAGCAGAAAGAUGGAGCAGACAGAUGGAGCAGACAGAUGGAGCAGAAAGAUGGAGCAGAAAGAUGGAGCAGUUCCUGUACAAAAAGAAGAAUGGAAAAAAAACAAGAGAAAACAAAACAAGAAGUGGCGCCAAAAUAUUUGCACUUUCUCCUCCCUAUGUUUGACUUUCUAUCUGUUUUGAUAUUUGUUUGAUAUUUUCUAGUGUGACUUAAAAUAUCUCGAUAAGAAUAAUAACUCUUCUUCUUAUUGUUAACCUUAAUGUUUAAUCGCAGCGAGACAGUUAUCCCCUGUAAGGUUCUUCACUGGGACAUUACCCAUGUUGCUGUGGCGUUCUGGGUCUUCGCUGGGACAUUAUCCACGUUUUUGGGUCUUCACUGGGACAUUAUCCAUGUUUCUGGGUCUUCACUGGGACAUUAUCCAUGUUUCUGGGUCUUCACUGGGACAUUAUCCAUGUUUCUGGGUCUUCACUGGGACAUUAUCCAUGUUUCUGGGUCUUCACUGGGACAUUAUCCAUGUUUCUGGGUCUUCACUGGGACAUUAUCCAUGUUUCUAGGUCUUCGCUGGGACAUUAUCCAUGCUUCUGGGUCUUCACUGGGACAUUAUCCAUGCUUCUGGGUCUUCACUGGGACAUUAUCCAUGUUUCUGGGUCUUCACUGGGACAUUAUCCAUGUUGCUUUGGCGUUCUUGCAACACAACAUCCUGUCAUUUCAUAUAAUAGCACACGAAGGUAGAAACACAGUUAAAAUGUGUCUUCGAACACAGAAAACAAUUUCCUAUAGUGUUUAUCUGUCAGUGCCAAUGUUCCUCUGUCAGCUGUGAGGCUGUGUUCUCUCUGUUCUGUCUCCUUGAUAACACAGGAGCUGAUGACACGACAAAGGUUUUUUAAACGGGCUGCAAAUCAACAGCCUCAGUUUGCUCUACAAUAAACUGCUCAUCUGUAGCUGUAACCAGCAGAAAACAAUGACAACCGGUUAGAUCACCAGUUAGAUCACCCGUUAGAUCACCCGUUAGAUCACCCGUUAGAUCACCAGUUAGAUCACCAGUUAGAUCACCAGUUAGAUCACCAGUUAGAUCACCUGUUAGAUCACCAGUUAGAUCACCAGUUAGAUCACCAGUUAGAUCACCUGUUAGAUCACCUGUUAGAUCACCAGUUAGAUCACCAGUUAGAUCACCAGUUAGAUCACCAGUUAGAUCACCAGUUAGAUCACCUGUUAGAUCACCAGUUAGAUCACCUGUUAGAUCACCUGUUAGAUCACCAGUUAGAUGACCAGUUAGAUCACCUGUUAGAUCACCUGUUAGAUCACCAGUUAGAUCACCUGUUAGAUCACCAGUUAGAUCACCAGUUAGAUCACCAGUUAGAUCACCUGUUAGAUCACCUGUUAGAUCACCAGUUAGAUCACCUGUUAGAUCACCUGUUAGAUCACCAGUUAGAUCACCAGUUAGAUCACCAGUUAGAUCACCAGUUAGAUCACCUGUUAGAUCACCAGUUAGAUCACCAGUUAGAUCACCUGUUAGAUCACCAGUUAGAUCACCUGUUAGAUCACCAGUUAGAUCACCUGUUAGAUCACCCGUUAGAUCACCCGUUAGAUCACCAGUUAGAUCACCUGUUAGAUCACCCGUUAGAUCACCAGUUAGAUCACCAGUUAGAUCACCAGUUAGAUCACCAGUUAGAUCACCCGUUAUAUCACCAGUUAGAUCACCUGUUAGAUCACCCGUUAGAUCACCAGUUAGAUCACCAGUUAGAUCACCAGUUAGAUCACCAGUUAGAUCACCCGUUAUAUCACCAGUUAGAUCACCAGUUAGAUCACCAGUUAGAUCACCUGUUAGAUCACCCGUUAUAUCACCAGUUAGAUCACCAGUUAGAUCACCAGUUAUAUCACCAGUUAGAUCACCAGUUAUAUCACCAGUUAGAUCACCAGUUAGAUCACCAGUUAGAUCACCAGUUAGAUCACCAGUUAGAUCACCAGUUAGAUCACCAGUUAGAUCACCCGUUAUAUCACCAGUUAGAUCACCAGUUAGAUCACCCGUUAGAUCACCAGUUAGAUCACCAGUUAGAUCACCAGUUAGAUCACCAGUUAGAUCACCCGUUAUAUCACCAGUUAGAUCACCAGUUAGAUCACCAGUUAUAUCACCAGUUAGAUCACCAGUUAGAUCACCAGUUAGAUCACCAGUUAGAUCACCAGUUAGAUCACCAGUUAGAUCACCCGUUAUAUCACCAGUUAGAUCACCAGUUAGAUCACCAGUUAUAUCACCAGUUAGAUCACCAGUUAGAUCACCAGUUAGAUCACCAGUUAGAUCACCAGUUAGAUCACCAGUUAGAUCACCAGUUAGAUCACCAGUUAGAUCACCCGACGAUCACGUAUUUGUUUUUGUGUGUGUGUUCAUGAACCCCAGGAAGACUAGCUGUUGUCAUAGGGGUCCUGGGAUCCGAAAAGAAAGAUCAGAGUUCAGCUGCAGAAGUAAAGAGACUCAAUCCCUAAUAGUUCACCCCUUCAGAAGUCCAGUAGCCGUGUGAAGUGUUAUUUACGUUGGUCCCUGACUAGAGAGGCUAUAUGUACAGGGAAGUAGUGCACAAAUACAAGCGAAUGUGUUCAGUAUGUUUUGUUUUUGUAAAAUGUAUAUGAACUGCAAUAUUCAUUAUGUGAAAAUGGUAUGGGGUGGAAAGGAAACUGUGAGACUGACUGAGUUAAGUUUAAAGUAUUUCUUUAAGAGUCAUAGUAAUGAGAGGUUUAGACAUUAAACCCCUGGCACUGUAUUUUAAAUCAACCAUAAGAUAAUUUAGGCAGAACAGACACUGAACAGGCAAACAGAGACAGAGAGAGAUAGGGGGGGUGUAUUCACUAGGAACCAAACAGGACGAAACGGGGAGGGACCCUACCUGAAUUUGUCCAAUAGAAACUCUUGUUUCUUUUUUUGCUACAGUGUGCGCUAAUGAAUACACCUCGGCUGAAAUUCCCAUGUCAGAAACACAUUGAUCUUUGGUCAGGUUUUGUCUAUGGUCUGUUAUGCUAACCCCAUUAGGCUUAAUAAUAUGUUACAGUAACCACAGGUCUGAAACCACUUCAACAGUGGCGUAACUGACUGAAAAUGUCACCACAGUCAUAAUUAAAAUAAAAUAAAUAAAUAAAUUAAAGACUGACAGAAAAAAAAAACGAUAUCCACAAUUGUUAUCUUUCUAAAUUCAGAAAGAUGAGGUUUGUUUAUUUGUGAUUGUUUAUGUGUGUAUUUGUUUGCUUAUAUGGACUUAUCCCUGGAAACCAUACUCUGUCCCCAUGGAACUAAAGUAAGAGAGAAGGCUCUCAAUGUAAAUAUGUAUCAUAUUCUGUUGUUGGUUUCCUUGUUUCAUUGUGGAGCUUUUGGACUAAACUUUCUAAAAAAGCAAUACCAUCUUUUAUUUUUAUUCACAUCACGACAAAUAGCGGUACUAAAUGUACUUAUGACACAUUAAUAUAGGACCCAAACUGUAAGACCAUCCCUAAUUUUUUUGGAGUGUAGACCUCUCCCACAGCAUUUGACUUCCUGUAUGUAACAGGUGUCAAUGUGGUUGCUUUGGACACGGGAAGAAGAAUCUCUCUAAGGGGAACAAGAGCACAUUACUGACCCCUUCUGGUGAAAAUAUAUCACUGCUUUUAGAAAGGGGCCGUCUCAAACGCAAGCAUCUAGUUCACUAUAUCUUUUAGACAGGUGUGUUACAACACGAGGACUUUACUAAGCAAAGCUUUUUCUUUUGACCAAGCCAAUUGACUUCCAUAAUUUGAAAUAAACAUUUUUAAAGAA